AUGUGGAAACAAACACACAGGUUUGACAGUUUGAGUGCUAUUAAGUUGGGAGCAGACCUGUCCAAGGAGUUCUGUAACAAAUGGAGAAAAAAGAACUUUAGCUUAAUAGUGAUACCUUCAGAUGGUCAAUGUAAAAGAGUAGUACAUAAGGGAAUCAAGAAAAAAACCAAAAAGUGUGAAGGACAAGCUGUGUAUACUGUCAAGGUAAUUCUCAAAACACACAGAUUUGAUAGCACAGAGAGGACCAAGGAAGAGAUAGUCAAGGUUGUAAAGAAAAUGAACUACUAUAGCACACUAGAGAAUAGCAUUGCUUAUUUUCUUAUUACAGAGCAGUUAUGUGAAGGGGUUAGAUACCUUCACAAAGAGUAUUCUAGUAUACAUUUUGAUCUAAAGCCUGAAAACUUGUUCAUAACAGUUAGAAGCAAGCUAGUCUAUCUUUCACAAAAAGAGGUACUUGUUAUUGGCAACUUAGGAUAUUUGACUAAAAAAGAUAGUGCUAGAAUACCAAUUGGGUUAUUAUCUAGUAAAGUACAUACCUUUAUAAAGUUAUGUCUAAAGCUGGCUGAAGAAGAAAGAGCAUCUAUAGAGGAGUUACUUGGUUUACCUUGGUUAAGUAAUAUUAAAACCUAUAUUAGAGAGAACUUUCAAGUAAAAGAUACAUGGAUAAAUGUAAAGGAUAAGAUUGUAACAAGGCAAACAAAAGAGAAAUAUAAAGAGCAAUAUGGAAGUAUACAGGAUAAUAAUAGUCAAGUGUCAGAAUCUAGACAAAACAUUAAGAAAGAGAAAAGAAGUAGUAUAUUGUCAGACAAAUAUUACUAA